UUCUUAAUUUUUAUGCACAGACAAAAAGCAGAAUAAAGAUAAUUUAUUCAUAUUAAUGAAAAGAAAAGGAAAAAGAAAAAAACAAUAGCAAUAAAACGCAAGUGCAGGGGAACAAUGGUAGGCCGCCGUUGUACAUACAAACUCUUAUUUCCCCUACCAAAACCCUGAUCAAUUUCUUGACUAAACCCAGUUCAGAAAAAUAAAAUAAAAUAAAUUUCUUGACUAAACUGAACUCUGUUCUCUCUCCGCCGAUUCCACUGAGUCACGUCUUUAACUCGGCCGAUUCAAUAACUAUGCAAGUCCUCUCCAACGCGCGUCGACUCGCUAGGGUUUUGAAGAACCCUCCGAUUCUCCUCAACUCAGCAGCAGCUAAUCACAAAUUUCUCUCGUCCUCCUCCGAUGUUAUUCAAAUCUCGACCUCUCCUAAUCAAUGCCAACAUCACAAUUAUUUCUCUUCCAAUUCUCUCUACUUCUCUGGUCAAGGCAAUUGUUUGCUAAUGUCACAAUAUCCACUGUACUUGAGGACUACAAAAGCAUCAUUUGGUACUAGUGUUGACACCGCUCCAACAGAGGCUGUGAAGGAGCUUUAUGACAAAAUUCUUGAUUCUGUCAAUGUUAAACGGACGAUGUCUCCAAAUGCUUGGCUAUGGUCAAUGAUUGAUAACUGUAAAAAUCAUGAGGAUAUUAAGCUUCUUUUCGACACUUUGCAGAAUCUCCGAAGAUUUCGGCUAUCUAAUCUUCGCAUACACGAUAAUUUUAAUUGCCAUCUUUGUCGUGAAGUUACUAAAGCAUGUACUCGAGUUGGGGCUAUUGACUUUGGAAAGAAGGCUCUGUGGAAACAUAAUGUAUAUGGAUUGACUCCUAAUAUUGGAUCUGCCAACCAUUUGCUGUCAUAUGCUAAGGAACACAAUGACUUAAAUUUGAUGGUUGAAGUGAUGAAACUUUUGAAAAAGAAUGAUAUUGCAUUACAGCCUAGUACAACAGAUACUGUUUUCAGUAUUUGUUACAAUGCCGGUAAUUGGGAACUGAUAUGCAAGUAUUCAAAGAAGUUUCUCAAGGCUGGAAUGAAACUUCGAAAAACUGCAUUUGACAUGUGGAUGGACUUUGCUAUCAAAAGAGGAGAUACUGAGUCACUAUGGCAAAUUGAGAAGCUGAGAUCUGAGUCAAUGCAGCAUCAUACUCUUAUGAGCGGGUUUUCAUGUGCCAAGGGUCUAAUUCUAGAACAUAAGCCUGAGGAUGCUGCUGCUAUCAUUCAAAUCCUUAAUCAGACUUUAUCCGACACCAAGAAGCCUGGUAUUGUGGUUGAACUUCAGAAGCUAGUCAGUGAGUGGCCUUUGGAUGUUGUUAAGCACCAGCCAGAAGAGAACAGGAAGGCAGUAUCUGCUGCUUUAAAAUCUGACGUACCUGCUAUGGUUAUGAAUCUACUGGAAAAGGGCUUAAAAGCAAAUGUAAAUUUAGAAGACCUGAUCCUGAAAGAAGAAAUUUCAUCUUGAAAUGUCAAAACAUGCGAGGACGGCAUUCUGACUUUUGCGGCUGUCAGUUGAAUCAAGAAAGGGAAACAACCAUUUCGGCUGACUGCGGAAUUCAAUAAUCACCGGUUCACACAAGACAGGGUUAGAGCCUUUGGUAGCAUAUACAUACCUGUAAUAGAAAUGCAGUGGCUUCUUUUUGAUUUGCAAGUCACUGGGGCCAAUGAGCUCUACCUCUUUAAUUUUCUAUCAAUUAGUCAUUGCUAUAUUUCUUUUUGCACCGGAGAAUAGAUUUUGUUGAAUCAAAGAUAUUUAGUUUCAGAGAGAAGAUUUUUGUAAGACAACAGUUAAGCUUCACCGCUUCUUUAAGAACACGAAAUUUUUUGGGGUCGAAA